CAUGCGCCAUAUUUAUUGUCGAUCAACAGACACCUGUGAGCAUCGUUCUCUCAUCGCCCAAAAACACUGAUCUAAUCGAUGGCUCUACAAUAAUUCUUUUAUAAAAUACUUUUUACUACGUUAAGGAUAUAGAAAAAGUUCAUUUUUAACGAAGUAAAAGAAGGUGAUUUUGAAAUAGUGAAAAAUAUUCGACUGCUGCUGAAGUAUUAUUUGGUGCAUCAUGAUGAGAAUUAUACUAAUUCUUACUAUUGCAAUAAUACAGAUAGCAACAUGUCAACGUACACCAACGAUUUCUUAUAUUUCACAAAUACAAAUCAAAGAUAUUGGUGGAACUGUUGAACUACUUUGUUCAGUGCAAUAUGGUCAGGAAUAUCCGGUUUUAUGGAUAAAAGUGAAUAAAGAGAGUGGUUAUGAUCAGUUACCACUUUCUACAAAUAGUGCCUUAAUUGUGAAAGAUAGCAGGUUUGCUCUUAGAUAUGAUCAAGCGUCUUCUACAUAUACAUUACAGAUAAAGGACAUACAAGAAACAGAUGCAGGGUUUUAUGUAUGUCAAGUAUUGAUUGCUCUUAAUAAUCGAAUAUCUGCAGAAGUAGAAUUGCAAGUACGAAGACCGCCUAUUAUCAGCGAUAAUUCGACUCGAUCUCUCGUUGUUAGCGAAGGACAAUCCGUACAACUAGAAUGUCACGCAGGAGGAUUUCCGCAACCAAGAAUUUCAUGGCGCAGAGAAAACAAUGCUAUUUUACCAACUGGUGGAUCUAUUUACCGUGGAAAUAUUCUCAAAAUACCUACCAUUCGCAAAGAAGAUCGUGGAACGUAUUACUGCAUCGCUGAAAAUGGCGUAGGACGUGGCGCAAGACGUAAUAUUAAUGUAGAAGUUGAAUUUGCUCCUGUAAUAACGGCACCACGACCACGUUUAGGUCAAGCUUUACAGUAUGACAUGGAUUUAGAAUGUCAUGUGGAAGCUUAUCCUCCACCUGCAAUAGUUUGGCUAAAAGAUAGCACUGUAUUGGUAAACAAUCAGCAUCACAGUAUAUCUCAUUUUGCAACUGCAGAUGAAUAUAGUGAUACUACAAUCCGAAUAAUAACAAUAGAGAAGAAACAAUAUGGGGAAUACAUAUGUCGUGCUUCUAAUAAAUUAGGAACUGCAGAAACUAAAGUUGAGCUUUUUGAAACCUUUACCCCAGUUUGUCCACCAGCUUGUGGUCAAGUUCAUUAUGGAACUGGUGUGACCUCAAUUUCUUCAGGACCCUUGAUAAUCCUUAUUUUAGUUAUUACCAUAUUGAUGAGAAAUUUCUAUGCCAAAUAUUAACUACCCAGGACUUCAGUGGGCAACUGCAAAUCAGUGUUCAUUAUCAAAGUGGCUACUUGCAGCAGUUAGUAUCACUAUUUUUGAUAGAUUUUAAGAAGCGUAGUAUAAUCCCGGGGGCCUGAUAUCCGACAUUUUUACUUAGAUUACAUAUAUCUUUAGAUACUUACUAUUGAAAUAUCAAGGCGAAUUAUGACACAAAUAUGACACAUUUAGUUAAAGAUGAAGCCUAAUACAUAUAUACAUAUGCAUGCCCUCUUACUUGUGUAUGCACAGUACAUAUACACCAAGUUAAAUUGUGUGUACACAUGUUGAGAGAAGUACAAUACGUUGGCAAUAUGAAUGUUGGUAGUACAAAUUAACAUUCCAGAGCAAAAGUUUAUAGUAAUGACACAGUAGUGGUACAUAUAAUUAACAAAGUUCUGUAGGUCUUUAUAUCAGUAUAACUGAUGAAUAUAAUGAAAUAAUAUCGUUAUGAAGGUAGAUGUUAUAAAAGAUGUUUUAGUCAUUUAGCACGAAGGGUGUAGCAACAAAUUAUUAAGAAGAUUAUUACAAUUUUCAGAAUUAUACAAAUUUUCAGAAUAACAAUAUAGCGGGGGAGUGAAUUUAUAAAUACCUCGAUUGUUGAUUAUUACUUUUUAGAUGUUUUUAAGAUACUGCAGAAUAUUUUGCAGAAUCUAGUAUCGUAUAAAAAAAUCUUUAAACUCCAGUUACCACAAUUACUCUAUUCUGCUUGCUCGUAUUAAUAAAAGUAUAUGAUGCGAAUAUAACACAUAAAUUAUUAACAAUCUAUAGUUACAAGUGCGAUGGUAAAAUACAUAUAUAUCGGGACGCGUCUCAAAGAGUUAAUAUCUAUCUUCCAAAUGAUUGAAAUAACAUGAAACACUUUGGCGAUACGAAUAAGAUAAUUAAAAUUAAAUUUAAAGUGAUAACUUUGAAUAGUAUUUUCUCUAGGCAUUAUGCCUUGUUAAAUAUCUUUGGUAUGUGCCAAAGUAUAAAAUUAAUAUUCAUGUUAGUCUUGUUUGCAAAAAAAAAUUUAUUAACAGAGAGUUAAUAGAGAGAUAUUAUACAUUAUAAACAAAACUGUUUAUUCGUGCACAUUUAAACAUUACGAUCAGAAAAGAAUAAUAAUUUAUCUAUCCAAUAUUUAUCUUAAUUGCAUAAAUAUAUAUGUGCAUGGAAAAACAUAGAAACAUAUUGUGACUUUUACUGAUUCUAAAACAAAUAAUAAUAAUAAUAACAACAAUAAUGAUAAUGAUAAUAAUAAUAAUAAUAAUAAUAAUAAUAAUAAUAAUAAUAAUAAUAUAGUAGAGAAGUAGUACAUAUCUAACACAAUAGUACAUCUUAAUUUUUAAUACAAUCAAUUUUGUACAUACUUUGUGUAAUUCUGUGCCCUAUAUUUUAGAGGCAUUUGUAGUGUAUGUAACGAGGAGAGUAGUAUUUUUGUUUAUUUGUUCUUUUUUUUUUAAUUUCUUACAAAUAAUCCUCUUAAUUAUUUUUUUCUAUUUUAAUUGACAAAAAUCAUUGUUUUCUUUUUUCUUUUUCUCUUUCUUUCUCACUCUUUUUUUCAUUUUUUUAAGUAGUCUUUCCUUGAAAUAUUAAAAUCUAAAAAGGAUAUUACAUGGUAGCUGAUAUACAGGGUGUCAGGAAAGUUUAGGUUAGAUGUGAUUGGAUAUUGUUAAAGCAGUGGAAAUUAAGUAUUAAACAAACACAAUUUUUCUAUUUUAUAAUCGUUUAGUAUAAUGAUUCUCUUUUCUUUAAUAUAUUAUCAACAAAAACGAUCAUUUUUUCGUUUGCACAUAAUGCAGAAUGUACUUAAAUUUAAUCCUUUAAUUGAGACAUAAUUUAAUCUUUAAAAGUUAUCAUAAAAACUAAUAGGUAAAAAACAACUGCAAUUAAUUUUUGCGAUUAUUAUACCAGAUAAAUAGAAAAAAAGAAAUCAGCGUUUAAUAUUAUUCAAGUUUUUUGAACAAUAUUAAAAAACAAAAUUUCUUUAUGUGGUAAAAUUUCAGCCAUGAUAGUCUUUAAGGAUUAUAUUUUAUAUGUUUAAGAGGUUUCAAGUUUACUUAUUUAAAAAUUUAUUAAUAUAUUUUCAAAUAUAAUAUGAAAUAAUUAUUGAUAACAAAGUAUCAUAUAUCGUAUAGGUUGGUUGUGUAAUUUUUUUUUUUUUUUUUUGACGUAACGGAGAUUUUUUAAAGAUUAGAACAAAAAGAAAAUUUUGUGAACAAACGCAACUUCUCAUUGCCUUAUUUUCGGCACUCCCUGUAUAUAGAUGAAUAAAAUAGAAUCAUGAUGUAUAUUGUAAGACGCGUAUAUAUCUUACGAUAUUGCACAUAAGCGACGAUAGAAUCUCAACACUUUUGUAUAAUCUUUUUACAUAUUUCCAACUUUAUACUUGCUUUUAUAAUAUUGUGUAGAUUUUAAUAAAUGAAUUUUAAAAGCUAA